AUGUUCCUACUACAAGAUACUCUCGUGAUCAUAAGAGCAAUUUGGCUGAGCACUAGGCUCCCGAACUCUUCAGUAUUCAUAUUUCUUCUUCCUCUGAGAAAUUACGAGGAGGAUGUUAAUCGUUUUCCGCUGGUAUUAGUUCUUGGUUCUUGGGUUCUCAAAGAACACUUGAUUUUAGUCCUGUUCUCCUUUCAUGCUCUGCAUUUUUUCUUCAAGAAAUAUGUGAUCCACACUACGACCCCGACGCAUUUUUGCCUUUGUGUCUUCCCCAAAACCUAUUUCUAUCCAACUCCAACCACAAUUUCUCUUUUCCAUAAACCUUUCCGCUCUCAAAUCUCCUGCAAAUAUUCGAAUCUCCUCACACUUGCUUACUCGGUUGCAGGAUUGGUGUCGCCAGAAGAAUUAGAGACAACACUUUGGACUGUUGUUAUCAUCAUUGUGGGAUAUAACAACAAGAAAUACUACAUUGAUAUCAUUGAAUCAAAGCCUUCAAAUCCAAUAACCAUCAUUGAAACCGAUUGUGAGGUAGAUUUUGCUCCUCCUCUUGAUUACAAUGAACCAGAGAGGCCCCACCCCUAUCAUCCUUGCCACCUGACCAAGAGGAACCAAAAUUCAACCACUUCCGCCUCCAAUGGAAAACAACUGGCGGUGCCUGGCGGAGGUGUGCCACUGCCGCCUCCUACCGGUUCUAGCUCCCACCAAACUCAGGGAAAACUCGUGUUCAGUUCUAAUGCCGCCUCUCAAAAGCAAAAGGCACCAAUUAUUUAA